GGAGGCGGUGUGAGCAGCACAUGGAGCGGAGGGGGGUUCGGACACGUUGAGAAGCUGUUUUAGAGUUUUAUAAAGGUUUAUAAGCUGUGUGUUCCUCUGUCUGAGCUCCAUAGACGCCCCUAACGCCUGCUUUAGUCCACACGGUUGUGAAUAUGACUUCGUUAGCCCAUCAGCUGAAGCGGCUCGCGCUGCCCCAGAAUGCUCCAGAAGUGCUCACACGGAGGGAGACCGUCUCGCUCCUGUUUGACCCGAAACAUGCGGCCACUUUGGACAAAGACAACUUCUACGCACUCGGCUGUACGGGGCUGGAGGAGCUGUUGGGGAUCGAACCAGCAUUUGCGGAGUUCCAGGAGACGCUCUUCAGCGAGGCGUCUGUACGCCUGGAGCGAGGUGUGCAGUCCAAAGAGGUCAACCAGAAGCUGGACAAGAGCAUCUCCCUCUUCCUCACCCGCCUGUCCCCCUACUUCCUGCUCAAACCGGCUCUGAAGUGUCUGGAGUGGCUCAUACACAGGUUCCACAUUCACUUGUAUAACCAGGAUAGCCUGAUUGCCUGUGUGUUACCGUAUCAUGACACCAAACUGUUUGUGAGAGUAAUUCAGCUUUUGAAGAUUGACGACCCCACCCACAGAUGGCAUUGGCUGCAUGGACUUCAGAAACCUGGAGUUCCUUUGGCCAGAGGCACUUUACUCACUCACUGCUAUAAAGAUCUGGGCUUCAUGGACUUCAUCUGCACCAUGGUGACAAAGUCAGUGAAGGCCUAUUCGGGGUUCGUCCAUGAUGGACGCUGUGCGCAGCUGCGAGUCAUUUUUUCUUUCUACGCGGCAGCCAUCGUUCCCGCUUUGGAGGCCGUGGAGAAGGUCACUGAUUCCAUUGUAGCCAAACUGCUCCCAUAUGUGCAACUGGGUCUGAAAUCAGAGCUGGUGGACUAUAAAGCUGCCACCUACAUGAUCGUGUCUCAGCUGGCGGUGAAGGUGGUGAUGCAAGCAGAACUGGUGAACACGCUGGCUAUCCAGGUGAGCAGGUCGUUGGGCAGAGGUCCAGCGCUGACCUCUGAGGGCCUGUCGUGCCUGAUCGUCCUCCUACAGAACCAGAAGGAAGGAGUCGUCGGACCAAAGCCGUUUGGGUACCUCUGUGCGGUGCCCUCUUUGGUGCCCUCCCUGCAGACCAUAGCAGCAUCCUAUGAUAUCAGUCCUUUACUGCGCUACCUGCUCCCACAUCUCAUUCACUCCGUCAUCACACAGAAUGAGUUGCAGGAAGAGGGUCUGGACAGCGCCCCACAUGACCGGCUGCUGGAGUCGGUCCUCCAGAUGCUUCCUCUCACCAGCGGCCUGGAGAGCUCAGCGGCAAGGCUUCUGCUGGAGGAAUAUGUGUCCUGUGGUGCAGAGCUCGGCUCAGACAGAAUGUCCUCCCUCAACCAGAAGAUCCAGCCAGUCGUCAGGCUCUUUGAGCACAAGUAUCCUGGAGCUCUGGAUGCUGUUCUGGAGGCUCGUGUUAGUGAGCUGACCACAGAUCAGCAGAAGGACCUUCUCCACCAGUUCCUCUCUCUCACCAUGAGCUGCGGCAAAUACCGGGUGCUGGCAGAUUCAGACACGUCUCUGAUGCUCAGUCUUAACCACCCGCUGUCCUCUGUGAGGAACUUGGCUCUGGACCACUUGAAAAACAUUCUCGCUACAAGACCGGAGGGGUUUGACGAGGCCUUCCUGAAGGACGCUCUGCUGGAGAGGAUAAAGGAUGAUGCUCCUGAGGUCGUCCUGUCUGCGCUCUCAGCCCUGCAGCUGUACGUUGAUCAGAUGGAUCCAGAGAGCACAGUAUCCAGUUUGAUUUCUCUUCUUCAUCGGAUCAAGCCAUCGGACUCUGCACGCUGGUGUGUGGCGCUGAAGGAGGCGGUCCGAACGCUCAGUGAUUCGCGCCUUAGUGAGGUCAGCGCUGACCUGAGGGCCCGGAUUAGCUGGGAGCUGCUGCCCUUCCUGCUGGUGACCAAUCCAGAGCUGGAGUCCACAGAGAUGCAGCUGACGCUGUGCGUGUCUGAGACGCACCUGCUGACCAAACAUCCUCUGACGCAGGGCUGGAGUGACGUGCUGAAAGACAUUCUGCAGAAAACUCCCCCUGCUGAUGUCGUGGGAGUGGCCACCCAGGUGCUCAUCAGCACUCUGACCAAAAACCUGUCCAGCAUGGAGCCGUCAGACAAACGCAACGCCAUUGAGAGUGUGUGUGCACUGCUGGGCAGGCAGGGCACUGGUGUUCGAGAAAGGGCUUCAUUCGUGGUGCUGAGUCACACUCUGCUCCAGGCUCUGGACUCUCUGAGUGAAAGCCAACAUCUCCACACGGCCCAGAAGCUCUUCGGCCUGCUGGAACCCGCGCUGAAACAGCUGGACACAGCACAGCUGUGUGAAGGUCAGGACGUGGUGAUUCUGCCCGUGUACGAGGUGCUCGGAGGCUUCCUGUCCAAACUACGCGCCGGACAGAACGCAGAGAGGGAGCACGGCCUCCUCCUCCUCGCUCUCCUCCGGGUCUUCAUCAGCGCUCUCAAAUGCCCCGAGUCCUCGUUCAAAGGUGACCGCUGGUGGAACCCAGAGAAGCUGGACACGAGUACGUGCUGUUACCUGCAGCUGCUGUGCCGUGUGUUUGAUGUGGUGGUGUCAGGGGCCGGUCAAGGACCGCUGGCCUCCUGCUUUAGGGCCCUCAUGCAGCUCCUGUUACAGGAGCACCUGAGUGAGCCGGAGCAUCUCUUUAAGUUCCUGUCACUGCUGUGGUGUUACAGCAAUAAUCUGGGUGACCAGCUGGAGGUCCGCGUGUCUGCCCUGCUGCAGACUCGCGCCCUGUACGUGGCCAAGGCACUGCUGACCACCGUUCCUUCAAAAAAGCUCAGCCUGCUGGCCUCCGCCUCCUCACCAGUUGUGCCGUCCCUGCUGGCGUGUCUGAGCUGCGGGGUGGGGGAGGUGAGGAGAGCUGCGCUGGCUGUGUUUCAGACCCUCGCCAGAGUCACCUCCUCCCCAUACAGCCCUUUGAUGGAGAAACUGCUCAGUGCGGCUGAGGAGCUGAUCGCUGACCCCGCGUACCUGAGCCAGGCUCUGUCCAGGCUGUACGAGGAGGCUGUGACUGUGACUGUGAAGGGCAGAAACAAGCUGCUGUUGGCUGUAGAGCAGCUCCUGCAGUGUGUUCAGGCUCCUGACUGUCCCAGCUACAUGGCUAAAGUGCUGCUGCGAGCGCUGAGGAACGUCAACGGAGAGUCGGUGCUGUCCGUCCUCCUGCCUGCUGCGGAGCGUCUGCUGGAGCAGUUUGCUCUGGACUCGUCGGUCUUCCUGCCGGACGAGGCUCUGUUCCUGCAGCUGUUGCUGGAAAAGUAUAACGAGGCGUCCGCAGCGCUGCUGUCCCGCGACUCCCGCAGCCUGGAGCUCUUCGUCACGGCUCUGCGCACCUCCUCCCGGUCCUAUCCUCACAUCGCCAGCUUCCAGAUCAUCACCCUGGAGCAGAUCAAUAAGCCCUUCUUUGCGGCGCUGGGUGAUGAGAAGAUCCAGCAGAGGAUUCUGGGAGUGCUGUUUGACCUGCUGGUGGACAGCAAAAACCCAGCCAGCUCCCAAACCAUCAGCAGUGUCUUCAAAGGGAUCGCUGUGGAUGCAGAGCUGGUGGCUAAUGAACUGACUCCCGUGGACAAGCCCAGAGUGACCGGAAGCAUACAGCAAACUCGCAGGAGCAAAGUGCAGCCCAAGAAAGCACAGGAUGUCCCACCAGAGGAGAGCGCUGUGUCCUGGCCCAGAGUCACCCUGAUCCUGGAGCUCCUGCAGCACAAGAAGAAGCUGAAGAGGCCUCAGAUGUUGGUGCCAGCACUUUUCAGCCUUCUCUCCAGGUGUUUAGAGGCGUCGGCGGAGCAGGAGAAUGUGGAGUACACCAAACAGCUCCUCCUCAGUGUCCUCCUCAACAUUUGCCAGAAGCUCUCACCACAGGGAGGACCCAUCAGCAAAGAUGUCUUGGAUGAAGAUAAGUUCAGUGUGGAGCUGGUGGUGCAGUGCGUGAGGACGUCCAGCAUGCCUCAGACUCACCACCACGCGCUGCUGCUGCUGGGCACUGUGGCUGGAAUCUUCCCCGAGAAAGUUCUGCACAACAUCAUGCCCAUCUUCACCUUUAUGGGAGCCAACAUCAUGCGUCUUGACGACACCUACAGCUUCCAGGUCAUCAGCAGGACUGUACAGACUGUCAUCCCUGCCCUCAUCCGUGCUCAUGAGGGCACAGGAACUCAGUCGGAGGGUCAGAUGGAGGCCGUGGUGACCCGUAUUGUGCAAGUUUUCGUCGACGCUCUUCCACACGUGCCCGAGCACCGGCGCCUACCCAUCCUCAAGCAGCUGCUGGAUACGCUGGGGCCGUCCCGCUUCCUCUGGGUCCUCCUGCUGCUCCUGUUCAAACAGCACACCAGCCUCAGCACCGCCGGAGCUGAGAAGGAGGCAGCUCUGGAGCGGGAUCUGGAGUUCUGGAUCUUGGUGUGUUGUGGGUUUGAAGUUCAUGAGCAGCUCACCUCUUUUAUUAAGAUCCUGCAGUUCCUUAUGACUCUGCCACAGGACAAAGAGGAAGUCCCAGAGAAGAAAAGGACGAGAGGACUGAGAAGAGAGAAGAAGGAGGAAAACGUGUCUCAGCUGAUCUUCAGCGUGGAGACCCACAGCGGAAAGGAGCUCCGGCAUUUCAAAUUCCUCUCCGUGUCCUUCAUGGCCCAGCUACUGGCCUCCAGCAGCUUCGUGGGAAAGGUGGCUGACUGUGAGGAUCUGACUGAAAACUCUUUACAGGAACUUCAGCAAAGUCUGUUGGAGGAGAACUUGCGCUACAUUCACACUGUGGCUCAGUGUGUGGAGGAGAACGCAGACAAACCCACAGCCAAGUUCUGGAGGGCUCUGCUCACGAAGUCCUAUGACGUCCUGGACAAGGUCAACGCACUCCUGCCCACCGACACCUUCAUCACGGUGGUGCGUGGGCUGAUGGGUAAUCAGCUGGCAUCGGUGAGGAGGAAGGCGAUGGAGCUGCUCAACAACAGACUACAGCAGAGGAGGAAAUGGGAGGAGCAGCAGGUGGCUGUGCUGCUGGAACUUACCGGUGACCUCCUGGUCAUCGUGGGCCGUGGCAGUGUCCAGGCCGGAGGUCAGGAAGAAGAGGAGCAGGCCAUCAACAGGCAGACGGCCAUCUACAGCCUGAAGCUGCUGUGCCGUAGUUUUGGCGCCGGCCACGAGGAGGCGUUCCUGCCGGUGCUGAGCAGGAUGGUGGAGCUGGUGGCGAACCCUGAGGAGGAGAGGAACGUCAUGGGAAGUGCACUCCUGUGUGUAGCUGAAGUUACCAGCACACUGAAGGCCCUCGCCAUCCCACAGAUACACAGGUUGAUGCCAGCGAUCCUGCAAACCCUACAGGAGCGCAAAGAUCUGCUGUCUAAUGAGGUGUACCUGCUGAGUGCAGUCACAGCCCUGCAGAGGACUGCAGAAACGCUCCCUCACUUCAUCAGCCCUUACCUUGAAGCUACCAUAUUACAGGUGACACGUCUGGUUCGAGUUGCUGAGCGGCUCUCCUCCUGCCCUCAACUGGCUGUCAGACUCUCCUCCCUCAGCUCAACUCUUGCAACCAGAGUGCCCCCCAGGGUCCUACUGCCCACCCUCGCCAAGUGCUACGGCAGCAUGGUGGACUCCCAGCAGAAUCGUAUCGGUCCUCUGAUGAACAUCCUGAAAGAGCACAUUGGUCACCUGGAGAAGGAGCAGCUCACCUCCCACCAAUCAGAGCUCACCUCUUUCUUCCUCUCAUCUCUCGACUUCCGAAGCAAGCACUGCCAGGGGGAUCUGGAGAAGACUGCGGAGAUCGAGGGUUAUGUCAUAGACUGCCUGUUGGCGAUGGUUAUGAAGCUCUCGGAGGUCACAUUCAGACCCCUGUUCUUCAAGCUGUUUGACUGGAGUAAAACAGAAGGAGCAGCUAAGGACCGUAUGCUGACCUUCUGCAGGCUGGCCGACAGCAUCGCUGACCGGCUGAAGGGCUUGUUUGUGCUGUUUGCUGGUCAGCUGGUGAAACCCUUCUCGGACCUGCUCCGCCAACUCAACUCCGCCCAGACUGAUGAGGCCUUCUUUGACUCCGAGGAGGAGGAGGAUGAAGACAACGUGCCGAAAAGCUGCCUGCUGCUGCAGUACAUGCUGGACUGCCUGCAUAAAAUCUUCCUAUACGACACACAGCACUUCCUCAGCAAGGAGAGAGCCGAUGCUCUCCUGGGCCCCCUGGUGGAUCAGGUGGAGAACAUGCUGGGAGGAGAGCAGGUCUACCAGACCCGAGUCACACAGCAUCUGGUUCGGUGUGUGGCUCAGUUCUCUGUUGCGAUGGGAGACGACUCCCAGUGGAAAGUUCUCAACUACCAGAUCCUGCUGAAGACUCGCCACAGCUCACCCAAGGUGCGUUUCUCCGCUCUGCUGAUGCUACUGGAGCUGGCAGGCAAACUGAAAGAGAACUACAUGGUGCUCUUGCCAGAGACCAUCCCCUUCCUGGCUGAGCUCAUGGAAGAUGAAUGUGAGGAGGUUGAACAUCAGGUCCAGAAAGUCAUUCAGGAGAUGGAGACGAUCCUGGGAGAGCCGCUUCAGAGCUACUUCUAACACCAGCGCUCUCCAGCUUCCUGUCAUGCAGUCCAGCUUCACCUCUCCACCCAGUUUCUCUCUGUGUGUCUCUAUGCCGUAUGUGGGCUUUACUGAAACUGGUUCUUCAGAGCUUCUCUGAGCCUCCACACAGUCAGCUUCUGUCUGUCUCUCUGGGAUGAGAGCGCAGACACGUGAUUCGUUCACUCCCAGCGAGUUUACACAUUAACACCCUCAGCAGCCAACACUGACCCUUGGCUCAGAGUCCAGGUGCGCCACACCGGUACAUGACCUCAGAUGUCCAGAAGCACAGAUUUGACCUUGAACUGUUUGAUACUGUCACUGUUAGUGCUUUUAAAAACAUGACUGUUUGUAAAAAAAAAAGCAUCUUUUUUAUGCAUCAAGUAAUAUUUACUGUAUGGGAACUUUGGGAGCUGCAUUGCAUUUGCUCAUGAAAGUGUGACAUGUAUGACGAAAAGAUUGCUGCAUUCUUAUGAUUAAAAAGCCUCUAUUGUAAA